CGCAGCGGCAAGAUGGCGGCGGCGGCGGGCGGCGGCGCGGCGGAGCCGGGCUGGGAGGUGGCGGUGCGGCCGCUGCUCUCCGCCUCCUACUCGGCCUUCGAGAUGAAGGAGCUCCCGCAGCUGCUCGCCUCGGUUAUCGAGAGCGAGUCGGAGAUCCUGCACCACGACAAACAAUAUGAGCCCUUCUACUCUUCCUUUGUUGCACUUUCUACACAUUACAUCACUACUGUGUGUGGUCUGAUACCAAGGAACCAGCUGCAGUCGGUGGCAGCAGCUUGCAAAGUCCUGAUCGAAUUCUCGCUGCUGCGCCUGGAGAACCCUGACGAAGCUUGUGCUGUAUCACAGAAGCACCUCAUUCUGCUGAUAAAGGGGCUCUGCACGGGCUGCAGCCGCCUGGACCGCACCGAAAUCAUCACCUUCACAGCCAUGAUGAAGUCAGCCAAGCUGCCUCAGACUGUCAAAACCCUCUCUGAUGUAGAGGAUCAGAAGGAGCUGGCCUCCCCAGUGAGCCCGGAGCUGAGGCAGAAGGAAGUGCAGAUGAACUUCCUCAAUCAGUUGACAUCAGUCUUUAACCCUAGAGUCUCAUCAUCACCAUCUAUCAUGACAGAGACACAGGUGGAAGGAGAAAAUGAGGAUCAAGCUUCCACUGAUCAAAGCUCUGCAACAAAGACAAAAAGCAUUUUCAUUGCUCAGAAUGUAGCCAGCCUGCAAGAACUUGGUGGCUCUGAGAAGCUGCUGAGAGUCUGCCUGAACCUGCCAUACUUCCUGCGCUACAUCAACCGCUUCCAGGACGCGGUCUCGGCCAACUCCUUCUUCAUCAUGCCAGCCACAGUGGCUGAUGCCACUGCUGUCCGCAACGGGUUUCAUUCGCUGGUCAUAGAUGUGACCAUGGCACUGGAUACUCUGUCCCUGCCUGUGCUGGAGCCUCUGACACCCACACGUCUCCAGGAUGUCACUGUGCUUGCUCUCAGCUGUCUCUAUGCAGGUGUGAGUGUGGCAACCUGCAUGGCCAUCCUGCACGUGGGGAGCACUCAGCAGGUACGAACUGGGUCCACGAGUUCCAAAGAAGAAGAUUAUGAGAAUGAUGCUGCUACUAUUGUGCAGAAAUGUCUUGAAAUCUAUGAAAUGAUUGGCCAAGCCAUCAGCAACUCCCGGCGGGCAGGGGGCGAGCAUUAUCAGAACUUCCAGCUGCUCGGGGCUUGGUGUCUGCUAAACAGCCUCUUCCUCAUCUUGAACCUCAGCCCCACGGCCUUGGCUGAUAAGGGGAAGGAGAAAGAUCCUUUGGCUGCUCUUCGGGUCAGAGACAUUAUUGCUCGUACCAAGGAGGGCGUUGGGUCUCCCAAACUAGGACCUGGGAAAGGGCAUCAAGGCUUUGGUGUCCUGUCAGUGGUGCUAGCAAACCAUGCCAUCAAACUGCUGUCCUCCCUCUUUCAAGAUCUGCAAGUGGAGGCAUUGCACAAGGGCUGGGAGACUGAUGGUCCACCAGCAGUGCUGGACAUCAUGGCUCAGAGCACAUCCAUCCAGAGGAUUCAGCGGCUGAUUGAUUCUGUGCCACUCACUAAUUUGCUCCUGACUUUGCUGUCUACUUCCUACAGAAAGGCUUGUGUCUUGCAGCGUCAGAGGAAGGGCUCCAUGAGCAGCGACGCCAGCGCCUCCACGGACUCCAAUACUUACUAUGAGGAUGACUUCAGCAGCACAGAGGAGGACAGCAGCCAAGAUGAUGACAGUGAACCAAUCCUUGGGCAAUGGUUUGAAGAGACAAUCUCUCCCAGCAAAGAAAAAGUGGCUCCACCACCACCUCCUCCACCACCCCCUUUGGAGAGCUCCCCUAGAGUGAAGAGCCCAAACAAACAGAGCACAGGGGAGAAUGGGAACAUCCUGGCCAGCCGCAAAGACCCGGAGCUGUUUUUGAGCCUAGCUUCCAACAUUUUGAACUUCCUCACUUCCUCCAUGCUCAACUCCAGGAAUAACUUCAUCCGCAACUACCUGAGCGUCUCUCUCACAGAGCAGCACAUGGCUACCCUGGCCAGCAUCAUCAAAGAGGUGGAUAAGGAUGGGCUGAAGGGUACAUCGGAUGAGGAGUUUGCUGCUGCGCUCUAUCACUUCAACCAUUCCUUGGUGACCUCAGAUCUUCAGUCUCCUGCCUUGCAGAACACACUUCUGCAGCAGCUGGGAGUUGCUCCUUUCUCUGAAGGUCCCUGGCCUCUCUACAUCCACCCUCAAAGUCUGUCUGUGCUCUCAAGACUUCUCCUGAUUUGGCAGCAUAAAGCCAGUGCCCAGGGAGAUCCUGAUGUUCCUGAAUGCCUUAAAGUGUGGGAAAGGUUUGUGGGCACUCUGAAGCAGAAUGCCCUGCAGGGGACUCUUCCCAGUGACACAGAGGACCUGAACGUUGAACACCUCCAGCUGCUGCUGCUCAUCUUUCACAACUUCUCCGAACGGGGCCGCAGGUCCAUCCUGAUGCUCUGCAUCCAGACCGUGGUGGAGCUGACAGGCAGCAUGGAGACCCAGCAGGCUUCUGUGCCCCUCCUCGUGGCACGACUGCUCUUGGUGUUUGACUACCUGCUCCAUCAGUAUUCCAAGGCUCCUGUGUACCUCUUUGAACAGGUGCAAUACAAUUUGCUAACUCCCCCCAUUGGCUGGGUGAGUGGAUCCCAGGACAGCAGCAGAAGAGCAUCUGUCCCACUUUAUCAUGGCUUUAAAGAAGUGGAAGAAAACUGGGCCAAGCACUGUUCAUCAGAUGCAGUUCCACAGCCCAGGUUCUACUGCAUCCUGUCUCCAGAAGCUUCUGAGGACGAUCUGAACCGCCUGGAUAGCACGGUCUGUGAGGUCCUUUUCUCCAGGACUAUGAAGUAUGAUGAGCUGUACACAGCCCUGACUUCACUGCUUGCUGCUGGGUCACAGUUUGAUACACUCAGGAGGAAAGAGAACAAAAAUGUCACUGCACUGGAAGCCUGUGCACUUCAGUACUACUUCUUGAUCCUGUGGAGGAUUCUGGGCAUUUUACCUCCUUCCAAGAACUACAUGAAUCAGUUGGCUACAAACAGCCCAGAGAUGAGUGAAUGUGACAUCCUGCACACCUUGCGCUGGUCCUCUCGCCUGAGAAUCACCUCCUAUGUCACCUGGAUCAAGGAUCACCUCACCAAGCAGGGCAUGAAGGCUGAGCAUGCUGCUUCUCUCACCGAGCUGGCCUCCAGCAAGUGCAGCUCAGUGAAGUACGACGUGGAGAUAGCCGAAGAGUACUUCGCUCGCCAGAUAUCUUCUUUCUGUGGUGUUGACUGCACAACUAUCCUCCAGCUGCACGAAGUUCCCAGUUUACAAUCUAUUUACACCCUGGAUGCUGCCAUUUCCAAGAUUCAGGUUUCUCUGGACGAGCACUUUUCCAAGCUGGCUGCAGAAACUGAUCCACAUAAGUCUUCAGAGAUCACCAAGAACCUGCUGCCUGCUACUCUACAGCUAAUUGACACUUAUGCUACAUUUACCAGAUCUUACUUGCUGAGAAGCCUCUCUGAGGAAGGCUCCCCUGAGAACAAACCCUCUGAGGAGAAGCUGCGAGGUUAUGCUGCUGUCCUGGCCAUUGGCUCCAGUCGCUGCAAGUCAAACACUCUAGGUCCAACCCUCGUUCAGAACUUGCCGUCAGCUGUGCAGUCUUUAUGUGAGUCAUGGAACAACAUCCAUACAAAUGAGUUUCCCAACAUUGGCUCCUGGCGCAAUGCCUUUGCCAACGACACGAUCCCUGCCGAGAGCUACAUCAGCGCGGUUCAGGCUGCCCACCUCGGUACCCUCUGCAGCCAGAGCCUACCUCUUGCAGCAUCCCUCAAACACAGCCUUCUCUCUCUGGUCAGGCUCACUGGGGAUCUCAUUGUCUGGUCUGACGAUUUGAACCCACCCCAGGUGAUUCACUCCCUGUUGCCUCUCCUUUUGGAGACCAGCACUGAGAGUGUGGCAGAAAUAAGCAGCAACUCCCUGGAAAGGAUUUUGGGCCCUUCAGAAUCUGAUGAAUUCCUGGCACGUGUUUAUGAGAAGCUGAUCACAGGAUGCUAUAACAUCCUGGCCCACCACUCAGAUCCAAACAGUGGCCUAGAUGAGUCUAUCUUGGAGGAAUGCUUGCAGCAUCUGGAGAAACAGCUGGAGAGCAGCCAGGCACGAAAAGCCAUGGAGGAAUUCUUCUCAGAGAGUGGAGAGCUGGUCCAGAUCAUGAUGGCAACAGCCAACGAAAGCCUGUCGGCCAAGUUCUGCAACAGGGUGCUCAAGUUCUUCACCAAGCUCUUCCAGCUGACUGAGAAGAGUCCCAACCCCAGCCUCUUGAGACUUUGUGGCUCUCUGGCUCAGCUGGCUUGUGUGGAGCCUGUACGUCUGCAGGCCUGGUUAACCAGGAUGACCAUGUCCCCACCCAAAGAUUCAGACCAGCUGGAGGUGGUGCAGGAGAACAGGCAGCUGCUGCAGCUCUUGACCACCUACAUUGUUCGGGAAAACAGCCAAGUCGGAGAAGGUGUCUGCACCGUCCUGCUGAGCACUCUGAUACCCAUGGCAACUGAAAUGCUGGCCAACGGUGAUGGCACAGGCUUCCCUGAGCUGAUGGUGGUAAUGGCAACCUUGGCUAGUGCAGGACAAGGUGCAGGACACCUCCAGCUCCACGGUGCUGCUGUCGACUGGCUUGGCAGAUGCAAGAAAUACCUGUCCCAGAAGAAUGUGGUGGAAAAGAUGAAUGCCAACGUGAUGCAAGGGAAGCAUGUGACUAUCCUGGAGUGUACCUGCCACAUUGUCUCAUACCUGGCUGAUGUCACUAAUGCCCUGAGCCAGAGCAGUGGCCAAGGACCAAGUCACCUUUCUGUUGAUGGAGAGGAACGAGCCAUCGAGGUGGAUUCUGACUGGGUUGAAGAGUUGGCAGUGGAGGAGGAGGACUCUCAGGCUGAAGAUUCGGAUGAAGAUUCUCUUUGUAAUAAACUCUGUACCUUCACCAUCACACAGAAGGAAUUCAUGAAUCAGCACUGGUAUCACUGCCACACUUGCAAGAUGGUGGACGGGGUUGGUGUUUGCACAGUUUGUGCUAAAGUCUGUCACAAGGAUCAUGAGAUCUCCUAUGCCAAAUAUGGAUCAUUCUUCUGUGACUGUGGAGCCAAGGAAGAUGGCAGUUGCCUGGCUUUGGUGAAGAGAACUCCCAGCAGUGGUAUGAGCUCUACCAUGAAAGAAUCUGCCUUCCAGAGCGAGCCCAGAGUGCCUGAGAGUGUCAUUAGGCAUGCAAGCACCUCUCCUGCAGAGAAAGCCAAGGUGACCAUCAGUGAGGGCAAGGGCCCUGAUGAAGAGAAGCCCAAGAAGAGCAGCCUGUGUAGGAACGUCGAGGGGUGUCGAGAGGAGCUGCAGUCCCAGGCCAACUUCUCCUUUGCCCCUUUGGUACUGGAGAUGCUGAAUUUCCUGAUGGAUGCCAUUCAGAUCAACUUCCAGCAAGCUUCAGCCAUGGGCAGCAGCAGCCGCGCGCAGCAAGCGCUCAACGAGCUCCACACUUUGGACAAGUCGGUCGAGAUGACAGAUCAGUUGAUGGUGCCAACUCUGGGCUCUCAGGAAGGUGCUUUUGAGAACGUCCGCAUGAACUACAGCGGUGACCAGGGCCAGACCAUCCGGCAGCUGAUCAGCGCCCAUGUGCUGCGCAGGGUGGCCAUGUGUGUGCUGUCCUCCCCCCACGGCCGGCGCCAGCACCUGGCUGUCAGCCACGAGAAGGGCAAGAUCACAGUCCUCCAGCUUUCAGCACUGCUGAAACAAGCAGACUCCAGCAAAAGGAAGCUGACCCUCACUCGCCUCGCCUCUGCGCCUGUCCCCUUCACGGUGCUGAGCCUGACUGGAAAUCCCUGCAAGGAAGACUACCUGGCUGUGUGUGGGCUGAAAGACUGCCACGUGUUGACCUUCAGCAGCUCUGGCUCAGUCUCAGAUCAUUUGGUGCUUCAUCCCCAGCUAGCCACUGGCAAUUUCAUCAUUAAAGCUGUGUGGCUGCCAGGAUCUCAAACAGAGCUUGCUAUUGUGACUGCAGAUUUUGUGAAGAUUUACGACCUCUCUGUAGAUGCCUUGAGUCCAACCUUCUAUUUCCUUCUGCCAAGUUCCAAAAUCAGGGAUGUCACUUUCCUUUUCAACGAGGAGGGGAAGAACAUCAUAGUGAUCAUGUCCUCUGCUGGCUACAUCUACACACAGCUCAUGGAAGAAGCCAGCAGUGCCCAGCAUGGACCAUUCUACGUCACCAAUGUGCUUGAAGUCAACCAUGAGGACUUGAAGGACAGCAAUGGCCAAGUGGCAGGAGGUGGAGUGUCAGUGUAUUACUCCCACGUGCUGCAGAUGUUGUUCUUCAGUUACUGCCAGGGCAAAUCCUUUGCAGCCACCAUUAGCAGGGCCAGCCUGGAGGUGCAGCGGCUGUUCCCCAUUAACAUCAAGAGCUCAAAUGGUGGCAGUAAGACUUCACCAGCACUCUGCCAGUGGUCUGAGGUGAUGAACCAUCCUGGCUUGGUGUGCUGUGUGCAGCAGACCACAGGCGUCCCACUGGUUGUGAUGGUGAAGCCAGACACCUUUCUCAUCCAGGAGAUAAAAACCUUGCCAGCUAAAGCAAAGAUCCAGGACAUGGUUGCCAUCCGUCACACAGCCUGCAAUGAGCAGCAGAGGACCACCAUGAUCCUGCUGUGUGAAGAUGGCAGCCUGAGGAUCUACAUGGCCAAUGUAGAGAAUACAUCCUACUGGCUCCAGCCCUCCCUCCAGCCCAGCAGCGUCAUCAGCAUCAUGAAGCCGGUCCGGAAGCGCAAGGCAGCUGCUAUCACAACUCGCACAUCCAGCCAGGUGAACUUCCCCAUUGACUUCUUUGAGCACAACCAGCAGCUCACAGAUGUGGAGUUUGGAGGCAACGACCUGCUGCAGGUGUACAACGCUCAGCAGAUCAAGCACCGCCUCAAUUCCACCGGCAUGUAUGUGGCCAACACAAAGCCUGGAGGUUUCACCAUCGAAGUGACCAACAACAACAGCACGAUGGUGAUGACAGGCAUGAGGAUCCAGAUCGGGACGCAGGCGAUCGAGCGCGCCCCCUCCUACCUGGAGAUCUUCGGCCGCACCAUGCAGCUCAACAUGACCAGAGCUCGCUGGUUUGACUUCCCCUUCACCCGUGAGGAAGCCUUGCAGGCUGACAAGAAACUGACCAUCUUCAUUGGAGCUUCUGUGGAUCCUGCUGGAGUCACCAUGAUGGAUUCCAUCAAAAUCUAUGGCAAAACCAAGGAGCAGUUUGGAUGGCCUGAUGAGCCCCCUGAGGACUUCCCAUCUGCCUCAGUCAGCAACGUUUGUCCCCCAAACCUGAACCAAGGGAACGGCGCUGGGGACACCGAGUCUGCUGCCCCCACUGCUGCCAGCGGCACCGUCCUGGAGAGUUCUGAAACUGAGUCCUUAACCACCCUGGACCGGCUAGUAGUGAGUUCUUUAGAAGCGCUGGAAAGCUGCUUUGCUGUAGGACCAGUCAACGAGAAGGAGAAGAAUAAGGUGGCAGCUCAGGAACUGGCCACUAUGCUGCUCUCCAUGCCAGCUCCUUCCAGUGUCCAGCAGCAAACCAAGAGCCUCCUGGCCAGCUUGCACACCAGCCGCUCCGCCUACCACAACCACAAGGAUCAAGCAUUGCUAAGUAAAGCCAUUCAGUACCUGAGUUCCUCAACCAAAGAAGGAAAGGAUCUUGAUCCUGAAGUGUUUCAGAGGCUGGUCAUCACUGCUAGAUCCAUUGCUAUUAUGAGACCAAACAAUCUGGUCCAUUACACAGAAUCUAAACUGCCACAGUUGGAAGCAGAGGGUGAAGAAGGGCAGGAGGCCCAGAAGCACACCGAAGGAGAGGGCUGCACCUUCAUUACCCAGCUGGUUAACCACUUCUGGAAGCUGCAUGCAUCAAAGCCCAAGAAUGCCUUCCUUGCCCCUGCCUGCCUGCCAGGUCUCACUCAUGUUGAAGCCACAGUCAAUGCUUUGGUGGAUAUUAUCCAUGGAUACUGCACGUGUGAGCUGGAUUGUAUCCAUACAGCAUCCAAGAUCUACAUGCAGAUGUUGCUUUGCCCGGAUCCUGCAGUGAGCUUUUCUUGCAAGCAAGCUCUGAUCAGAGUGCUGAGGCCGAGGAACAAGCGGCGCCAUGUCACCUUGCCAUCCUCCCCCCGCAGCAACACCCCUAUGGGAGAUAAGGAUGAUGAUGAUGAUGACGAUGCGGAAGACAAGCUGCAGAGCUCUGGGAUAGCCAAUGGGGAGCACAUCCGGCAGGAGAGCCAGGAGCAGAGUGAAGUUGAUCAUGGGGACUUUGAGAUGGUGUCUGAAUCCAUGGUUCUGGAAACUUCUGAGAAUGUGAAUAAUGGGAACCCUUCUCCCUUGGAGGCUCUUCUGGCUGGAGCAGAGGGAUUCCCUCCUAUGCUGGAUAUUCCUCCAGAUGCAGAUGAUGAAACAAUGGUGGAAUUGGCUAUUGCCCUGAGCCUGCAACAAGAUCAGCAAGGGAGCAGCAGCAGUGCCCUUGGACUCCAGAGCUUAGGGCUGUCUGGCCAAGCACCCAGCUCCUCCUCCCUCGAUGCCGGCACGCUCUCGGAUACGACAGCAUCAGCUCUCUUCAUUCUCUUAGCUCCAGCGUCUGACGACGAGGGCAGCACGGCCGCGACCGACGGCUCCACCCUGCGGACCUCCCCCGCGGAGCACGGCGGCAGCGUGGGCUCGGAGAGCGGAGGCAGCGCCGUGGACUCGGUAGCUGGCGAGCACAGCGUGUCUGGCCGCAGCAGCGCCUAUGGGGACACAGCGGCUGAGGGGCACCCUGCCGGCCCGGGCAGCGUCAGCUCCAGCACAGGAGCCAUCAGCACUACCACAGGCCAGCAAGAGGGAGAUGGUUCAGAAGGAGAAGGAGAAGCAGAGGGAGAUGUCCACACCAGCAACAGGCUGCACAUGGUCAGGCUGAUGUUGCUGGAGAGGCUGCUGCAGAACUUACCUCAGCUGAGGAAUGUGGGAGGAGUCCGAGCCAUCCCUUACAUGCAGGUUAUCCUGAUGCUUACAACAGACCUGGAUGGAGAUGAUGAGAAAGAUAAAGGAGCUUUAGAUAACCUCCUGUCCCAGCUGAUUGCAGAGCUCUGCAUGGACAAAAAGGAUGUGUCUAAGAAAAACGAGCGCUCUCCGGUCAAUGAAGUGCACCUGGUGGUCAUGAGGCUGCUGAGUGUGUUCAUGUCCAGAACUAAGUCAGGAUCCAAGUCUUCCAUUUGUGAGUCUUCCUCCCUCAUCUCUAGUGCCACCGCCGCUGCACUGCUGAGCUCUGGUGCUGUUGACUACUGUCUGCAUGUGCUGAAGUCUUUGCUAGAGUACUGGAAAAGCCAGCAGAAUGAUGAGGAGCCUGUAGCCACCAGCCAGCUCCUGAAGCCUCACACUACUUCAUCUCCACCUGACAUGAGCCCUUUCUUCCUCCGCCAGUACGUGAAGGGCCAUGCUGCAGAUGUGUUUGAGGCCUACACUCAGCUCCUGACAGAGAUGGUGCUGAGGCUGCCCUACCAGAUCAAGAAGAUUGCAGACACCAACUCCCGCAUCCCACCUCCCAUCUUUGAUCACUCCUGGUUCUACUUCUUGUCUGAGUACCUGAUGAUCCAGCAGACGCCGUUCGUGCGCCGCCAAGUCCGCAAGCUGCUGCUCUUCAUCUGUGGCUCAAAGGACAAAUACAGGCAGCUGAGAGACCUCCACACCCUGGACUCCCACGUCCGUGGCAUCAAAAAGCUCCUGGAGGAACAAGGCAUCUUCCUUCGUGCCAGUGUGGUCACAGCAAGCUCAGGCUCUGCCCUGCAGUAUGAUACCUUGAUCAGCUUGAUGGAACAUCUGAAGGCUUGUGCAGAGAUUGCCACACAGAGGACAGUCAACUGGCAGAAGUUCUGCAUCAAAGAUGACUCUGUUCUCUAUUUCCUCCUGCAAGUCAGCUUCCUGGUGGAUGAAGGAGUGUCACCAGUUCUCCUGCAGCUGCUCUCCUGUGCUCUGUGUGGCAGCAAAGUGCUAUCUGUGGCCUCCUCCUCUGGAUCUUCAAGCACCUCUUCCACCUCUGCUCCUGCAGCAUCAGGCUCUGGGCAGCCAACAACACAGAGCAAAUCCUCCACUAAGAAGAGCAAGAAAGAAGAAAAGGAGAAGGAGAGAGAGGGUGAGAGUCUGGGCAGUCAGGAGGAUCAGCUGUGCACAGCUCUGGUGAACCAGCUGAACAAGUUUGCUGAUAAGGAGACCCUCAUUCAGUUCCUGCGUUGCUUCCUGCUGGAGUCCAACUCGUCCUCUGUCAGGUGGCAGGCUCACUGCCUCGCCCUCCACAUCUACAGGAACUCCAACAAGUCUCAGCAGGAAUUGCUGUUGGAUCUCAUGUGGUCAAUCUGGCCAGAACUUCCAGCUUAUGGAAGAAAGGCUGCCCAGUUUGUAGAUCUCCUGGGAUACUUCUCUCUGAAAACCCAGCAGACUGAGAAAAAGCUGAAGGAAUAUUCCCAAAAGGCUGUGGAGAUCCUCAGGACCCAGAACCACAUUCUGACCAACCACCCCAACUCCAACAUUUACAACACAUUGUCUGGCCUGGUGGAAUUUGAUGGCUAUUACCUGGAGAGUGAUCCUUGUCUUGUCUGCAACAAUCCAGAGGUGCCCUUCUGUUACAUCAAGCUCUCCUCCAUCAAAGUGGACACGAGGUACACUACCACCCAGCAGGUGGUGAAGCUGAUUGGCAGCCACACCAUCAGCAAGGUGACAGUGAAGAUAGGAGACCUGAAACGAACCAAAAUGGUCCGAACCAUCAACCUCUACUACAACAACAGGACAGUGCAAGCCAUAGUGGAGCUGAAAAACAAGCCAGCUCGUUGGCACAAAGCUAAGAAAGUCCAACUGACCCCGGGCCAGACGGAGGUGAAGAUUGAUCUGCCCCUGCCCAUCGUGGCCUCCAACCUGAUGAUUGAGUUUGCAGACUUCUAUGAGAACUACCAAGCCUCCACCGAGACCCUGCAGUGCCCUCGCUGCAGCGCCUCCGUCCCUGCCAACCCUGGCGUCUGCGGCAACUGCGGGGAGAACGUCUACCAGUGCCACAAGUGCAGGUCCAUCAACUACGACGAGAAGGAUCCUUUCCUGUGCAACGCCUGCGGCUUCUGCAAGUACGCUCGCUUCGACUUCAUGCUCUACGCCAAGCCCUGCUGCGCCGUCGACCCCAUCGAGAACGAGGAGGACCGCAAGAAGGCAGUGACAAAUAUCAACACCCUGCUGGACAAGGCUGACAGAGUCUACCACCAGCUCAUGGGACACCGACCCCAGCUGGAGAACCUUCUCUGUAAAGUCAAUGAGGCAGCUCCUGAAAAACCACAGGAUUCCUUUUUGUUUUCCCCUCUGUUCCAGGAUGAAUCUGGGAGCGGUGGAGGGAUCAGUUCUACCUCAGCCAGUGUGAAUAGAUACAUCCUCCAGUUGGCCCAAGAGUACUGUGGGGACUGCAAGAACUCUUUUGAUGAGCUUUCUAAAAUCAUCCAGAAAGUGUUUGCCUCUCGGAAGGAGCUGCUGGAAUAUGACCUGCAGCAGAGAGAGGCAGCGACCAAGUCGUCGCGCAGCGCGGCGCAGCCGACCUUCACCGCCAGCCAGUACCGCGCCCUCUCCGUGCUGGGCUGCGGCCACACUUCCUCCACCAAGUGCUACGGCUGCGCCUCGGCCGUCACCGAGCACUGCAUCACCCUGCUGCGAGCUUUGGCCACCAACUCUGCCAUCAGGCACAUCCUGGUGGCCCAGGGGCUCAUCCGAGAGCUCUUCGACUACAACCUGCGGCGCGGCGCAGCCAGCAUGCGGGAGGAGGUGCGGCAGCUCAUGUGCCUUCUGACCAGGGACAAUCCAGAGGCCACACAGCAAAUGAAUGACUUAAUCAUUGGGAAGGUGUCUGCAGCUCUGAAGGGCCACUGGGCAAAUCCAGACUUGGCCAGCAGCCUCCAGUAUGAAAUGCUGCUGCUCACAGAUUCCAUCUCCAAAGAAGACAGCUGCUGGGAGCUGAGGCUGCGCUGCGCUCUCAGCCUCUUCCUGAUGGCAGUGAACAUCAAGACUCCAGUGGUUGUUGAGAACAUCACCCUCAUGUGCCUGCGCAUCCUUCAAAAGCUCAUCAAGCCUCCUGCUCCAACCAGCAAGAAAAACAAGGAUGUGCCUCUGGAUGCUCUCACCACUGUGAAGCCUUACAGCAACGAAAUCCAUGCACAAGCUCAGCUGUGGCUCAAGAGGGACCCCAAAGCAUCCUAUGAAGCUUGGAAAAAGUGCCUCCCUGCCAGAGGUAGUAUAGAUGCCAGUGGUAAAUCCCUCAGCAAAGCUGAGAUUCACCAGCUCUACUUGUCAGAAAAGUAUGUCUGGAAGUGGAAGCAGUUCCUGAGUCGCCGAGGGAAGAGGACCUGCCCCCUGGACCUCAAGCUGGGACACAACAAUUGGCUGAGACAGGUGCUCUUUACUCCUGCCACUCAAGCUGCCAGACAAGCUGCCUGUACCAUCGUGGAAGCUCUGACUACCAUCCCCAGCCGCAAGCAGCAGGUCCUUGAUCUCCUGACAAGCUACCUGGAUGAGCUGAGCAUUGCUGGAGAGUGUGCUGCAGAGUACCUGGCACUGUAUCAGAAGCUCAUCAAACCAGCCCACUGGAAGGUCUACCUGGCAGCCCGGGGGGUUCUGCCCUACGUUGGCAGCCUCAUCACCAAGGAAAUAGCUCGUUUGCUUGCCCUGGAGGAGGCCACACUCAGCACUGAUCUGCAGCAGGGAUAUGCCUUGAAGAGUCUCACAGGUCUGCUCUCUUCCUUCGUGGAGGUGGAGUCCAUCAAGCGGCACUUCAAGAGCCGCCUGGUGGGUACGGUCCUGAAUGGUUACCUCUGCUUGAGGAAGUUGGUGGUACAGAGAACAAAGCUGAUUGAUGAAACCCAGGACAUGCUGCUGGAGAUGCUGGAGGAUAUGACCACAGGCACAGAGUCUGAAACCAAAGCCUUUAUGGCAGUGUGUAUAGAGACUGCUAAACGUUACAGCCUUGAUGACUACAGGACUCCAGUCUUCAUCUUUGAGAGACUCUGCAGCAUCAUCUACCCUGAGGAGAACGAAGUGACUGAGUUCUUUGUGACUCUGGAGAAAGAUCCCCAGCAGGAGGACUUCUUACAGGGCAGGAUGCCAGGAAAUCCCUACAGCAGUAACGAGCCUGGCAUUGGGCCACUCAUGAGGGACAUCAAGAACAAGAUCUGCCAGGACUGUGACCUGGUGGCUCUGCUGGAGGAUGACAGUGGCAUGGAGCUUUUGGUGAACAAUAAGAUCAUCAGUUUGGAUCUGCCUGUGGCUGAGGUCUACAAGAAGGUCUGGUGUCCCACCAAUGAGGGGGAGCCCAUGAGGAUCAUUUACCGCAUGCGAGGGUUACUGGGAGAUGCCACCGAGGAGUUCAUCGAAUCUCUCGACUCCACCACUGAUGAAGAGGAGGAUGAGGAGGAGGUUUACAAGAUGGCAGGUGUCAUGGCCCAGUGUGGAGGCCUCGAGUGCAUGCUCAACAGGCUGACUGGAAUCAAGGACUUCAAACAAGGCCGGCACCUCCUAACUGUGCUGCUGAAGCUGUUCAGCUACUGUGUGAAGGUGAAAGUAAAUCGCCAGCAGCUGGUCAAGCCAGAGAUGAACACUUUGAACGUCAUGCUGGGAACUCUGAACUUGGCUCUGGUGGCUGAGCAGGAAAGUAAAGACAGUGGAGGAGCAGCAGUGGCAGAACAAGUGCUGAGUAUCAUGGAGAUCAUCCUGGAUGAGUCCAAUGCAGAACCUCUGAGCGAGGACAAGGGUAACCUCCUCCUCACUGGUGACAAAGACCAGCUGAUGAUGCUGCUGGAUCAGAUCAACAGCACCUUUGUGCGUUCCAACCUCAGCGUCCUGCAGGGCCUGCUGCGCAUCAUCCCUUACCUGUCCUUCGGGGAGAUGGAGAAGAUGCAGAUCCUGGUGGAGCGAUUCAAGCCCUACUGUAACUUUGAUAAGUACGAUGAGGAGCACAGUGGAGAUGAUAAAGUCUUCCUAGACUGCUUCUGUAAGAUAGCAGCAGGAAUAAAGAACAACAGCAAUGGCCAUCAGCUGAAAGAUCUCAUCCUUCAGAAAGGAAUUACACAGAAUGCCCUUGACUACAUGAAAAAGCACAUUCCCAGUGCAAAGAAUUUGGAUGCAGACAUAUGGAAGAAGUUCUUGUCCCGACCUGCACUUCCUUUUAUCCUGCGCCUGCUCCGAGGCCUUGCCACCCAGCACCCUGCCACACAGGUGCUGAUAGGCACAGACUCCAUCACCAACCUGCACAAACUGGAGCAGGUGUCUAGCGAUGAGGGGAUCGGGACACUGGCAGAGAACCUGCUGGAGGCGCUGAGGGAACACCCAGAGGUGAACAAGAAGAUCGACGCUGCCCGCAAGGAGACCCGGGCAGAGAAGAAGAGAAUGGCCAUGGCCAUGAGGCAGAAAGCCUUGGGCACCCUGGGCAUGACGACAAACGAGAAGGGUCAGGUAGUGACCAAGACAGCGCUGCUUAAACAGAUGGAGGAGCUUAUAGAAGAGCCAGGGCUGACCUGCUGCAUCUGCCGGGAAGGAUACAAGUUUCAGCCCACCAAGGUGCUGGGCAUUUACACCUUCACCAAGCGUGUGGCACUGGAGGAGUUUGAGAACAAGCCCCGCAAGCAGCAGGGCUACAGCACCGUCUCCCACUUCAACAUCGUCCACUACGACUGCCACCUGGCAGCUGUCAGGCUUGCUCGCGGCCGUGAAGAAUGGGAGAGUGCAGCCCUGCAGAAUGCCAACACCAAGUGUAAUGGGCUCCUGCCAGUCUGGGGACCUCAUGUGCCAGAGUCUGCUUUUGCUACUUGCUUAGCAAGACACAACACAUACCUCCAGGAGUGCACAGGACAGAGGGAACCUACCUACCAGCUGAAUGUCCAUGACAUCAAACUGCUCUUCCUCCGCUUCGCCAUGGAGCAGUCGUUCAGCGUCGAUACUGGAGGAGGAGGGAGGGAGAGCAACAUCCAUCUCAUCCCAUACAUCAUCCACACAGUGCUCUAUGUCCUCAACACAACUCGAGCGACGUCGAGAGAGGAGAAGAACCUCCAGAGCUUCAUGGAGCACCCCAAAGAGAAGUGGGUGGAGAGUGCCUACGAGGUGGAUGGGCCCCACUACUACACCGUGCUGGCACUGCACAUCUCUCCCCCCGAGAAGUGGAAAACCAUGCGAGUGGAGAUCCUCAAGAGGCUCCUCGUCACCUCCCACGCACGAGUGGUGGCGCCAGGGGGAGCCAGCAGACUGGCAGAUAAGGCAGUGAAGGAUUACGCCACGUACCGCUCCGGUCUUCUCUUCUGGGCCCUGGUAGAUCUCAUUUACAGCAUGUUCAAGAAGGUGCCUACCAGUAACACCGAGGGGGGCUGGUCCUACUCUCUGGCCGAGUUCAUCCGCCACAACGACAUGCCGAUACACGAGGUGGCCGACAAGGCCCUGAAAACCUUCCAGGAGGAGUUCAUGCCAGUGGAAACCUUUGCUGAGUUUCUGGAUGUGGCUGGCCUCUUGUCGGAAAUCAACGAUCCUGACAGCUUCCUCAAGGAUCUUUUGAACUCCAUCCCCUGAGCCAGCAGCACAGAGGAGCACCGGGCAGAGACUCCACUUAGUUUGCCUUCCACCCCUUCGUGUACCUCCUUGUGCAGUCUGUCCCUUCCCUGAGGAGUGCUGCAGUUGGGGUUAUUUUUUUUUGGGGGGGGGUGGGGGGGAAGGAGGAGACUUUUUUUUGUUGUUUGGGGUUUUUAUUUUCUACCAUUUCCCCCCCCCCACCACCACCACCACCACUACCUUCUUUGGAGUGAUUUGAAGUUUAGGUUUGUUUUAUCCUGUAUUUCAGUGCUUCUGUCUGUAAAGCCUUCUGUGUGUGCCAGCUGGGGGCAAGGGCUUGGGCAGAGAGGAGUCCAAACCAGUAAAUCUGAAAUGCUUUAAGUGUGCAGCUCUUGGAAGUGAAAUGCAGCCCAACUGAUGGGUAAGGUGGGCUUGGCCAGUCCUGUGCCCAGGGGGCUUGGCCAGUCCUGUGCCCAAGGGGGCUGACCAGUCCUGUCCCCAAGGGGGAUGACCAGUCCUGUGCCCAGGGAGCUUGGCCAGUCCUGUGCCCAGGGGGCUUGGCCAGUCCUGUGCCCAGGGGGCUUGGCCAGUCCUGUGCCCAGGGGGCUGACCAGUCCUGUGCCCAGGGGGCUGACCAGUCCUGUCCCCAAGGGGUCUGACCAGUCCUAUGCCCAGGGGGCUGACCAGUCCUGUGCCCAAGGGGGCUGACCAGUCCUGUGCCCAGGGAGCUUGGCCAGUCCUGUGCCCAGGGAGCCUGGCCAGUCCUGUGCCCAGGGGGCUGACCAGUCCUAUGCCCAAGGGGACUGACCAGUCCUGUGCCCAAGGGGGCUGACCAGUCCUGUGCCCAGGGAGCUUGGCCAGUCCUGUGCCCAGGGGGCUUGGCCAGUCCUGUGCCCAGGGAGCUUGGCCAGUCCUAUGCCUAGGGGGCUGACCAGUUCUGUCCCCAAGGUGUCUGACCAGUCCUGUGCCCAGGGGGCUGACCAGUCCUGUCCCCAAGGGGGCUGACCAGUCCUGUGCCCAGGGGGCUGACCAGUCCUGUCCCCAAGGGGGCUGACCAGUCCUGUGCCCAGGGGGCUGACCAGUCCUGUCCCCAAGGGGUCUGACCAGUCCUGUGCCAAGGGGUCUGACCAGUUCUGUGCCCAGGGGGCUUGACCAGUUCUGUGCCCAGGGGGCUUGGCCAGUCCUGUGCCCAAGGGUCUGACCAGUCCUGUGCCCAGGGAGUUGACUAGUCCUUUACUCAUGGGGUUGACUAGUUCUUUGCCUAUAGGUUUAACUAGUCCUUUACCCAGGGGUUCACUUGUCCUUUACUCAUGGGUUUACCUAGCCCUUUACCCAGGGAUUUGACUAGUCCUUUGCCCAGGUCUGAACAGUCAUUUACUCAUGGAUCUGACUGGUCUUUACUUAUGGGUCUGACUACUCCUUUGCCCAUGGGUUUGACUAGUCCUUUGCCUAGGGGUUUGACUAGUCAUGGGUUUGACUAGUCCUUUGCCUAGGGGUUUGACUAGUCCUUUACUCAUGGGUUUGAUUAGUUCUUCCCCUAUAGGUUUAACUAGUCCUUUACCCAGGGGUUUGACUAGUCCUUUACUCAUGGGUUUGAUUAGUUCUUUCCCUAUAGGUUUAACUAGUCCUUUACCCAGGGGUUUGACUAGUCCUUUACUCAUGGGUUUGAUUAGUUCUUUCCCUAUAGGUUUAACUAGUCCUUUGCCCAGGGGUUUGACUAGUCCUUUGCCCAGGUGUGAACUCGGGGCUCUGACUGGCCUUUCCUUAGGGGGCUGACUAGUCCUUUACUCAUGUGCCCACCUAGCCCUUUGCCCAGGGCUUGACUAGUCCUCUGCCCACGCAGCAGCCUGACCACCCAAGUUCCUUCUCCUGCGUUCCCUGAGCUCCUUGUUGGGGGCUCAGAGCUGCUGCUGCUGCUCCUGGCCCCGCAGCCUGCAGGAGGAGGCAGGACACCAAAGGCUGGCAGCAGCCAGGACGCGGAGCGGUGCCACCCUCACUGACUGGACACGCAGAGCAGGUCCCCACUCCUGGGCCCUGAGCUGUAGGCAGUUGUGGCUGCCAGGACAGCCUUUCCUUCACCCCUUCUCCAGCUGGGUGCGGGCAGCUGGCCCCUUCUCCUGCUCCCCCUCUCCCAGGCACGCUGCCUCUCCUGAGCUGACUCUCUGAGGCUGUAUCCGAAGCGCGGGCGCAUGUUGGCCACCUUAGCUCCCAGAGGGGUGCUGCUGACAUCCCACUUCUCUCUCUCUCUUUCUCUCUCUCUGGGAAAAAAUCCAGCUUCAGCAAACUGCAUGGGAAACAAACAGGCACUGCACACAUCCUGAGCCCUUUCCAUAGCUUCCAUUUCGGUGUGCAUGCCCCAAAGCUGAAGCCAAGGACCUGCUUCGAAUACAGCCUUGCCUCUUCUCUCCCAGUCGUGCAUGCUGGUUGCUUACCUUUCCCACCACUCCUCUUGUCCUGUAAGCCAGCUGACACCUCCUGAAGCUGGAAUCUAAUAAAGCUUUCCCUGUCCUCCUC